UCGGCGGGUCCGGGCCUCCUGCGCGUCUCGGGCCCAAGCGGGGUCUGUAGCCAGCGCCUCGAGCCGCCAGCCCGUCCUGCCGCCCAUAUGGCCGCCAUCAAGGCCCUGCAAGAAUGGUGCCGGCAGCAGUGCGAGGGCUACCGGGACGUGAGCAUCACCAACAUGACCACCUCGUUCCGCGAUGGCCUGGCCUUCUGCGCUAUCUUGCACCGACACCGGCCUGACCUUAUAAACUUCAGUGCCCUCCGGAAGGAAGAUAUUUACGAGAACAACAAGCUGGCCUUCCAAGUGGCUGAGGAACAGCUGGGCAUCCCAGCCCUGCUAGAUGCUGAGGACAUGGUGGCCUUGAAGGUUCCAGACCGGCUGAGCAUCCUCACCUAUGUGUCACAGUAUUACAACUACUUCCACGGCCGGUCCCCAAUUGGGGGCAUGGCUGGCAUAAAGAGACCCUCAUCAGAUUCGACUGAAGAACUUUCUGGAAAGAAGAAGGGCCUGUCCCAGCCUGCCAAGUUGCCCUCACCGGCUCAAACCCAGAGGUCACCACUGUCCCCAGCUAGGACAAACCCUGUGGUUCAGAGGAAUGAAGGUGGCUCAGAAAGACCAUCCCCAAAGGCUGCUCCGGGGACCGCGGGAAGCUCCAUCAGCAGCAUCUGUGGGGUCUGUGGCAAACAUGUUCACCUUGUGCAGCGGCACCUGGCUGACGGGCGCCUCUACCACCGAAGCUGCUUCAGGUGUAAACAGUGUUCCAGCACGCUGCACUCAGGGGCCUACCGUGCCACGGGAGAGCCUGGUGUCUUCGUCUGUACCCACCACAGCUCAGAAGUCACCUCUGUGAGCCCCAAGUCAUCAAACCUGGCCUCCAGGAAACCAGGGGGUGUCACUGCAGAUACCAGACCAGUCGGCGUCUCACAGAAGGUUCAGGAGGCAAAUGGAGAGCUGACACCGCUGAGGCUCAGGACAGCAGCAUGGGAACAUGGUGGAAGAAACACAACCGCCAAAGGUUUUGUCCAGACAGAACUUAAGCCACCAGCUACCUCCCGAGGCCACGUGGGGAGCUCUGCAGGGCCCAGGCUACCCACGAGCGCAGUGACUACUACUUCUGUGACUGGCAAAGCUCUCACCCAUGUGACUAAUAAUUCCCCAACAGGGUGGUCAUCGCCUGCCCAGAGCAGCCCAGCGAGCUUCAACCCCCGCCCAGCUGUAUCCCCAAGUGCUCUAGACACUCACCUACCUGGGUCCCAAGAGCAGGCAGCUUCAAAAGGUGUUAAGACUCAGCUCAACUUGAGCACAGAGUCUUCAAACACAGCGGUCACCCAAGCCUGGACCUCCUCAGCCUCUAAGACUCAGCAGGCCCGAGAGAAAUUUUUCCAGAGCCCUUCCCCAGCCCCUGCCCCAGCCCCCACCAGCAAGGUCCCCACUGUGGUGUCUACCCCCACCAGCAAGGUCCCCACUGUGGUGUCUACCCCAACCAGCAAGGUCCCCACUGUGGUGUCUACCCCAACCAGCAAGGUCCCCACUGUGGUGUCUACCCCCACCAGCAAGGUCCCCACUGUGGUGUCUACCCCCACCAGCAAGGUCCCCACUGUGGUGUCUACCCCCACCAGCAAGGUCUCCACUGUGGUGUCUACCCCCACCAGCAAGGUCCCCACUGUGGUGAAUACCUCCAUCAGCAAGGUCCCCACUGUGGAGACUGCCCCCACCAGCAAGGUCCCCACUGUGGUGAAUUCCACUAAUAGCAGGGUCACCACGGUGGUAAAUGCCCCCAUUGACAAGGUCCCCUCUGUAGUGAGUGCCACAAAUGGCAGGGUACCCACUGUGGUGACUGCCCACACUGGUAGGGUCCCUGCCACGGUGAAUACCUCUGCCAGCAAAGUCUCUCCUGUUGUGGAUGCCCCUGCCCAGGAGAGCAGCCGGGAGCAAGCAUUAAGUGUCCUUAGGAAGGCCCUUCCAACGCUGACAGGAGCUGGUACCCAGGCUCCAAGCAGGUCCUUCCCUGCCACUUCCUCUGUCCUGGUCACCCUUCCCAAGAAUGAAGUGCCACAAAACGUUCCCUCAGCCAAGCUCUCGGCUUUAACCACCCACACCCCUAGUUUCACUAUAAAGCCUUCAGCAACAGUGAAUGUGGGCAAUACCACUGUAUUCCUCCACGCUGGCAAAAAGAGCCCGGGUAUUUCUCCAGGGGUUGGUAAGACCAGCGCAGGCUCCAGGCCACAAGCAGAGGUGGCAGGAGUAAAGGGUCCAGGUCCCACCUCUCAGGAAGGCCAAGAGGAGGGACCAGAAGGAUGGAGGGCCCGGCUGAAGCCUGUGGAUAAGAAACUCCCUGCUGGAAGGUCUCUGGAGCAAAAGGAGCCAGUCCUGGCAGAGCCAAGGGUAGGGGACACUCCCAGGAAAGCCUCCAGUAGCUCUGAUUCCAGUGUCCACAUCACCUUGACUUCCACUCAGCACAAGAGGAGACCAUGCUCGGCUGAUUCCGGGCCCAGUCCUGCAGUCCUCUCUCCUGCUCCAUCACACCGCAAGAAACUAGCUGUCCCUCCCAGCCUUGAUGUUUCAGCUGAUUGGCUCCAGCCAGAGCUCAAGAAGCAGGAAGAUUGGACCAGGAGCUGUAAGGAGAAGGCACCCACCUGGGGGUCAAGAGAGAGGUCUGCAGCCCUGGACAGUGGCCUUGCUCCACCUGCUGAGGCUGUGACUUACCCAGUCAGGCUCCACCCCGACUAUAUCCCCCAGGAGGAGCUGCAGAGGCAGCUGCAGGACAUUGAGAACCAGCUGGACGCCCUGGAGCUCAGGGGUGUUGAGCUGGAGAAGCGGCUGCGGGCAGCUGAGGGAGAUGCUUCUGAGGACAGCCUCAUGGUGGACUGGUUCCGGCUUAUUCACGAGAAGCAGCUACUGCUAAGGCUGGAAUCGGAACUCAUGUACAAGUUUAAGGAUCAGCGCCUGGAGGAGCAGCAGCUGGACCUCCAGGGUGAGCUGCGCAGGCUGAUGGACAAGCCAGAGGGUCUGAAGUCUCCCCAGGACCGCCAGCGGGAACAGGAGCUGCUGAGCCAAUAUGUGAACACCGUGAAUGACCGGAGUGACAUUGUUGACUUCCUGGAUGAGGAUCGGCUCCGGGAACAGGAAGAGGACCAAAUGCUGGAGAGUAUGAUCCAGAACCUGGGCCUCCAGAGAAAGAAGUCCAAGUCCUUCUUGUCCAAGAUCUGGUCCUCGAAGAGCAAAAGCGGGCAGGCCUGAGCUGCACGUGGCUGGCACCGGGUCCUGGACCUCCUCAGGAAGAGACUGGUGCUGAGGCUCCCAGAAGGGGUGCUAGGGGUGCCAGGGC